UAAGUAACCUAACCCCGAACUCUAGUUAACCUUAACCUAAACUCACCCCCAUCUCUCUCCUACCCUUCUUUAUAUAUACCUCCCUCCUGAGAUUUCUGGCCAGCUUAAUUUCAGUCUCUUCCAAAAAUCUCUUCUUUUUCCUCCUCUGUUUGUUCCAUACUUUCUAUUCAUUUCUGUUUCUUGUGGCCGAAGAAAUCUGCUCCUUUAGAGAGAAAUCUUCUUGGUAUUAAUGUAUAUCUAUAUAUUCAUAUAAGGGUGAGUACUUGAAAGAGAAGGAAAAGAUGAGUUGCAAUGGAUGCCGAGUUCUCCGAAAGGGCUGCAGCGAGUCGUGUAUUUUGCGGCCUUGCUUGCAGUGGAUCGACACCGCCGAUGCCCAAGGCCAUGCCACCGUCUUCGUCGCCAAGUUCUUCGGCCGCGCCGGCCUCAUGUCCUUCAUCUCCGCCGUUCCUGAGUCUCAGAGACCUGCGUUGUUUCAAUCGCUGUUAUUCGAAGCGUGUGGGAGGACGGUGAAUCCGGUGAACGGAGCCGUCGGGCUGCUCUGGACGGGGAAUUGGCACGUGUGCCAGGCGGCGGUGGAAACGGUGCUCCGCGGCGGGACUCUACGGCCGAUGCCGGAGCUCCUCGGCGGAGGAAGCCCGACGGCGGCGUCCGACGAGGCCUCCGAGGCUGAGGUUACCUGUACGGACAUUUGGAAGCUUCGAGAUCCGAGUUCCGGCUCUAGAUUCUCCACGUCGCGAUCGAGGUCGUCGCCGAAGCGGAAGCGCUCCGACGAACCGGAGAAGCUCCGGCAGAACGCCGAUCUCGACCUCCGCCUGACGCCGAUCGCCUUCCCGGCGAAACCGACCGCCCCUAACAAGGCCGAGCUCCGGCGGCCGGGAUCGCCGUCGAUGAUCUCCGAGGAGUCCGUGACCACCACAUGCUUCGAGAGCGGCUUGGCCGAUAAUCCCCGAAAUGCAAACGGAGGAGAGAAAAAGCUCCUGAACCUGUUCUUCUAGAGAGAGAAAAAGGGAAAAACAAAGCCAUAGAGACCUCUCAUCUUUUUUUUUUUUAAUUUUGAUUUUAAUUUUAAUUUUUGUGAAUCGGAAGUUCACGCGCGGAGAUUAGUCUCGUGUAAUAUUUUCUGUUUACUUUUUUUUUUUUAAAACCCUUUCUAGUGGGAAGGGCUUUUCCGGAAAUAGAAUUUUCCGGCGAGUUUUUGUAGCAUUACCGGCGAAAGGAUUUCUCUCUUUCUUAGUCUUUAUGGAGAAAAGAGAGAAAUAUGAGACUUCAGAGCUAUGACCUCUUUGCUUUUUUGGUAUUUACUCUUUAGUUAUGUUAGCGUGACAUUUGAAUAAAUCUAAUUUUUCCUCUUA